GGCACUCGACGGCAUUUGAAGACGACUUCAGCUGGCCUUGCGACAACUCUCCCAAUUUGUCCAGUUUCACCUGGCAAGAAAGUCACAAGUCACGAUCCCAAGAUGGCAUCCACAGAAGAGAAGCCAGUCGAUGACCGAGAUGCCCUGGACAUUCUCGAAUCCGAGGGCAAGGAGUGGGAAAAGGAUGCCGAGAUCGACCGCAUCCUGAAAGCCUUCCGGCUCGACGCGUACGCGGUGCUGGGCCUCAAGCCAGGCGUGCCGGAGUCGGACAUCAAGAUCACGUACCGCAAGAAGUCGCUGCUGAUCCACCCGGACAAGACCAAGAACCCGCGGGCGCCGGACGCAUUCGACCGGCUCAAGAAGGCGCAGACGGAGCUGAUGGACGAGAAGCACCGGGCGCAGCUGGACGAGGCCAUCGCCGACGCGCGGAUGCUGCUGAUCCGCGAGAACAAGUGGACGGUGGACUCGCCCGAGGUCAAGGAUCCCGACGAGACCUUCCAGCGCAAGUGGGCCGAGAAGACGGUGCGCGUGCUCGUCGACAACGAGCAGCGCCGCCGCCGCCAGAUGAAGGGACAGAUGCAGGAGGAGGGCCGGCAGCAGCGCCGCGAGGACGAGGAGCUGGACGAGCGCAAGCGCAAGAGGCAGCACGAGCAGGACUGGGAGGCCACCAGGGAGGUGCGCAUCGACUCGUGGAGGCAGUUCCAGAAGGGCAAGACGGGCGGCGGCGGCGGCGACGAGCCGUCCAAGAAGAAGAAGAAGAAGCUCAAGCCCAUUGGGUAAAACAAAAAGCAACUCCUUUCGGGAAGGUUUCUGUGGCGUUGCGGUGUAUUGCUUACGGGACAGACUUCACGGCGUUCCCCCUCUACGACACCUUUUUUUUUUUCUCUUUUAGGAGCACCCGGUCCUGCGGGUUUCGACGUGGGCCAGUUGAUGGUAUCGGCCAGAGACCUGUCUGUCAUUUUGCUAUUUACUCAUGAAUCACAUCGUUUCAAACGAGGUUUGCACGAUUUGCCUUCGGUGCCUGUCUAGGCACAGCUUGCGUCUUGCUGACUUAUGGGACAGUUCGCCCCCGACAUCCCAAGUACAAGCCUCCGACCCGUUCAGAGAACUUAGGUGAGCGAUCAGCAAGAUCGUCGUGAAUCAUGCCCCCAAGUGCUUGACCCCUCCACCGUGAAUGCUACCUCUUAUUCUCUCAGGGUUUUGGCGGGUUUUUCUUCUUGUACUGGAUGAAUCGGCCCAGGUUUAGAACGGCCUCAUCUGCGCGGGACCUCAGCUCAGCCGUCGCGCCCCUCUUGUCGAUUGUCUUCACCGCAGCCUUGGCCUUUGGGAGAAUCUCCUCGAGGUGCUUCAAGAAGUUGUCCUUCCAGAACACAUCCUUGUCGCAGGGCAGGGUCUCGUCCCCGUAGAUGUCCAUGAUCUGGUUGAGAGCCUCCACCGCAUCUGCAGCUGGUGUCUCCGGCAGCCCGUUGAGGAUCGUUAUCAGAAAGAUGCCGACUUCGCGAUUGAGGCUGGUGGGCGCGGGAUCUUGAGCAAGCUGGCCCAACACGCCGACACACUUGACCCCGAGAGCUUGGAAGGGGUCGGAUUCUUCUUCGCUGGCCUGAUCUUCGGGUUUUGCGGGCAGACCCUUAGAUGCCUUGUAAAGAGCGAUGAACUUCCGGUGCUCGUCGCCUACCAGAGGGGUCGAACCCUGCAGAGUGCGAGAGACGGCCCAUGCGAUGCUAGUGACAAGGGAAGCCAAGGACACAUCCCCCGUGUCCGCUGCGAGGACGGGCGUAAUCACGUUGGACCAGAUUUGCUUGGCUACCGGCGUCCAGGCCUUCAGAAUGCCAGCGUUGCCAGUCUCCGAGUAGUCGAAACAGGAUAGCGUCCAAGAAAUGUUGUUGAGAGCGGAAAACGCCUCACUCUGGAUUGCGACGGCCUCGUCGGACGCAGGUGCCAGGUUGGCCAUGCGGAUUAUUUGUGGCACUGCCUUCGUCACAAACUCUCUGAGCGUCGGCAGGUCAUCGAUUCCGCUGUCGUCCUCAGCGUCGUCGCCCUCCCCAGUUACCAAAUCCAGGUCAGCCUCCAUUGCGUCCUCGUCCAUCUCGUCGUCUUCCUCGCCCUCGGCUCCGUCAGCCUCCAUGGCGUCUGUGGCAUCUGCAAUUUCAUCCUCGUCGUCUCCUUGCUUCGCUUCAUCCUCGUCGUUAUCCGCCAUCUCGUCGUCGUCCUCGAUCCCAUUCCACUCCUCCUUGUCCUUGUCCUUGUUGCCCUUUGCCACAGUGUCUUGCAGAUCUGUUGCGAUAGAGGCCAGAAUUUCCAGCGCGAGUGACACAGCUUCGGGGGGGACCCCGCUGAUCUUGUUCGUCUUGGACUCCUGCCUCGUGCGUCGCAGCACGUUAGACAAAGCCGGUAUGAGUUGUGCGUCUGUGGCGCCGUCCUGGCCAGGGCUACCGUCGUGCCACUCGAGUGACGAGUAGAUGUUGUGAAGAACGCCACAAGAAUAAACAUUCUUAACGUCAGGGCCUUCUUUGAACUUGGUCAGGGUUCUGAAACAACCUGACGGAUCAGCCAGCACGAGCUGCGAUACUUUGAGGUUGUCCUCAGACAGCGACAUCAGACAGCUGAUAGCUUCGGUAGACGUCUCAUAUGGCGUGGAAUUAUGAGUAGCGAGGAAACAUAGGAAGGGGAGGAUCUGAGGAUUGGAGGCGAUGGCGUCCAGGAUCUCGUCUCGAGCUGUGGCGAGGGCAUUUACCAGCGCAAUCAAGGCCGUUGUGAUGUUCCACACGACCUGUUGCUGAGCCUUGGGUGUCUUGACGAAAGAUGGCUCUCCGACUGUUUGGACCACCUAUGCAAAGUGUUAGCCCGCGGCUCAGAAGUCGGGGAAUGUCUUGGAAAGAUUGGAUACUCACAUUCUUGCCAGCGUGCUCAAUGGCAGAGAGCACAUCGAGUCUGAACAGGUGAACGCAGAAAUCGCUCUCCUCCUCUGAAGCAAUCACACGCAAGAUCUCCCAGCCGGCAGCACGGCUGUCCAGGCUUGCGUCGGUGAGGGUCUCGGUGAGGACGAUGGGGACGAUCUGCUCCCGGAGGAGAAGCUUGCGACACUUUGCAUCCUGGACGAUGUUGGCAACAGCACCGGCGGCUGCUGAGCGGGCGUUGGGGUCAACGCUCCGGAGGUCAUUGAUGACAGGCAGAAUCCGCUUCUCUCUAAGUGCGGCGAGCUCAGGGUCGGUCGGGGCCUUGACUGGUUUUAUGGCGGCGGAUAUGGGGUCUGCGCGAUGCGCAUGGGCUCUGUUUCUACGGGAUUUGCCCAUCUUGCUCGCUCUGCUUUGCCCUGCUUUGGUCGAUGGUUCCGGUUAAAGUUGUGCGGUGUAUGGGUGAAUUGAACCAAUUUAUUCCAAUGCAGUGGAGUGGUAACCAAAAAACCAAACGGUCAGUAACCAACGGUAUUUUGGAUGGGGUUGCUGAGCAGCCAGAAACUUUUCAUCAAGCUGCAAAUUUUCG